CCGGUUCCACACAAGAUCCCAGCCAAAGAUGGCUCUUACCGGCCAUGAGACCGGAGCACCAAGGACGGAAAUGUCUGGUCCUUGAUCUUGACGAGACGCUGGUGCACAGCAGCUUCAAGAUCCUCCAUCAAGCAGACUUCACCAUCCCAGUCGAAAUCGAAGGCCAAUACCAUAACGUCUACGUGAUUAAACGGCCCGGCGUUGACACAUUCCUUAAGCGCGUCGGCGAACUCUACGAAGUCGUCGUCUUUACCGCUUCAGUAUCCAAGUACGGAGAUCCUCUGCUGGAUCAGCUGGACAUCCACAACGUCGUGCACCACCGCCUCUUCCGCGAGAGCUGCUACAACCACCAAGGCAACUACGUCAAAGAUCUCAGCCAGAUCGGUCGGGAAUUGAAGGAGACCAUCAUCAUCGACAACUCGCCCACCAGCUACAUUUUCCACCCUCAGCACGCCGUCCCGAUCAGCAGUUGGUUCAGCGAUGCUCACGAUAAUGAGCUUAUCGAUCUCAUGCCGGUGCUGGAAGACCUGGCCGGCUCGCAGGUGCAGGACGUUAGCAUGGUUCUGGACGUCGCCAUGUGAAUGAGGAGCUAUUCAUCCGUUACACAUCCAGCCCAACACCACUUGUACCAGCCUCGAGAAGGAACGAAAAGAUAGAUCCAGCACAGCGAUUUUCAAUACAUUCACCACGACCGCCUUGCAUCAGCUAAUUAAUAUGGAAAGCUCGCGAGCGAACGUUGACGUUGAGAGAAGCAUUAUCCUCAGUCUCUUUUUUC